AUGCUGACCCUCUACUGGGCUGGAAGGGAGAUCCGCUCCGUAGCGGCAGCUCAGAACCGCACACUGAUUUUCUCUGUCGCGCUCUAUCCUGGACGAUCAGGGGGAUCGGAUGCCACAGUGACUUUUCUCCAAGAGUCCUGCACCAUCGCUUAUACCUCACAGCGUGGAGAAGGAACAUCAGCCCUCCAGCAUGGUCAUAUGGCUUCCAAGUAUUGGGCACAGGCUAAAAGAGGACUAGUCCUGGAUCAUGGCAUGCCACGUUAA